AUGUCCAAUCGGAACCCAUAUGGCGAGCUUGGUGCUCGCUACGCCGAUUCGUUUUCCAAUGGCUUCGAUCGCUUGUUUGACAACCCAGACAGUCCUUUUAGCAGCUCCCCAGUUCCCCCCCACUCGUCUACAUUACCUUUUCAGAUUGAAACCCAAUCGCCAAUUUUGUCGCCUGGUGAUAAACCCGCUCUAAUGGAGACUCUCACAGAGAGUCAAAACCAUCAAUGGGAACGAGAUAAAGAGUGGGCCAAUGAAGUCCUUAAUUCGCCUUUUGACCCAAGAGACUCUUCGUUCCUCAAUCCAACAACUCUGUACUGCACCACACAUUCUCGUACUCCGACUCCCUCUUCAAUUUCCCCUCCGACUCCUGCGUCCGCGCAGCUUGAGCUUUGCGCCAUUACCACCACUUCGAAGGGAAAGCGUAAACGUGAUGAGGGCUUGAAUCUGAUGUCUCCUCUGUCCAUUUCGUCCCCACCCUCGCUUCUUGCUAUCCCGGAGCGUCCCGAUAAACGUGCCAGGAUAUCCUCCUCGUCCCCGCUUGAGACUCCCGGUGCUGGUCCUAGCACCAUCCGUGCGCCUUGCAUUCAGCCACCACGACUUCUGCCCACCAAGGCCUUCGAGCCGACUAUCAGGACACAUAAGCCGAAAGCUUUCCUUGUUGAUGAAGACUGCGGCGACCUUCAUCAAUGGUUAGGUGCCCUUUUCGGUCCACAGUCUGAGGUUCGUGGCCAGACUGCUCGCUUGAACAACACAAAAUGCUUUAUCUGCAAGUAUACCGAUGCCUCCAAGGCUGACGCGACGCAAUCGACUAUGAAGAGACAUAUUCUAAGUCACUUCCAGGAGACGUAUAAGAUCAUUGAAAGACAGGGCAGCACUUUCAGACAAAUUUCGUUUCUUCACCACAUGGUUCCUAAGCUUCAACUCAUGGAGCAAGGGGGACAUCUUGCGAUUUCCGAGGAGCUCGAAAAGGAGAUUCAAACCUUUCUGCACGACCAUGCCUCCAUCGUCCCUUCGCGCCCCUUUCCCGCCACCCUUACCUUCCGUAAUCAGUCCACGUUUUCCACUUCCAACUUCCCCACUCUCUAUAGGACUGCGAAGGAGCAUACUGGGGACCUCCUCGAAUGGCAUCGCUGCCAGUGCGGGAAAGCGUACGCACGUCGAGACUUGCUGAAGAAGCAUGUCAGGGGGAAGCUUGCCGAGAAGCCAGUCAAUGGCUGGAAUCAUGGCCUUCCAGGACGGACAGGCAAGGACCGCUGGGAAGAAUUCAAUCUCACUUCCACCGGCGAAGAUAUCAAUCCGCGCUGCCGCCGAAAAUGA